AUGGCCUCGAUGUCAACCCUGCCGCAGCCGUCGCGGCCUGUCACAAAUCCUCCAACUGGGUCGUUACCACCCCUCCCUAACCCUAAACCCAGAAAGACCGUAUGUUCCGACCCACCGCGGGCUGCAUCCCCCUACCAGGCUACCAAACUGCGGACGCCAUCCAGCCCUAAGCCCUCGCUCAAGUCGCCUCUGUCAACUUCGAACUCGACUUCCAAUCUCAACACUGCUCGGUCAGCUUCCAGUGGGCGCACCCCCGGUAGCCCUGACAAAUCCUUGCGCCGAACAAUUAGUAUCGCGUCGUUCCCUCACCCACCCAAGGCCAGUAGCCGUCCAUCUACUGCAUCAUCGAUCUCAGGUAUACAAGGCGCUCCUACUGUCGUGCGACCCCAAAGAGGCUCGCGGCUGAGUACGGGAACCACAAGCAGUUACCGGAGCUCAAAAACCCCGUCAUUGCUUAACGGUGUCGGUGAAGGCAAGUUUAUAUCAAGUGCAGAUGCGCGAGACCCAGAAGCAUCUCCAACUCACAGCAGAAGUUCCUCGGCGCAAGGAUCUUGCUCAACGAGUGCGACAACUUUUGAAGAUGCGGAGGAUGCGACAGGAAAAUCAAGCUCUAAACCAAAGGAGAUCAAGGGGAACGUGCUUGUCAGCGUCCGCGUUCGCCCCGAUAAUAACAGCGGAGAAACCCCCCGGAACCACGGCGAAUGGUCCGUUGAUAGCCGGAAAAGCCUCAUCUCCUACCGAGGGAAAGAAGGAGGCGAUUAUUUUUAUGGUGAGAAAUAUCACCCACAUUCAGCUUCUCCUCGGUCAGAAUUAAUAGAAUAUGCAGAUAAUGUCUUUAAUCCACAAGAAAACAAUGCAAAGGUUUAUGAUUCGGCUGCCAAACGCCUGGUCCGGCGUGUUAUGGAAGGCUACCACGGAACGGUCUUCGCAUACGGUAUGACAGGAACUGGAAAGACAUUCUCCAUGCAGGGAACAGCAACGUCCCCUGGUGUAAUCCCUCUCGCAAUCACCGACAUAUUUUCAUUCAUCAGAGAGACCCCGCAUCGGGAGUUCUUGCUGCGGGUCAGCUAUCUGGAAAUCUACAAUGAAAAGAUAAACGAUCUUCUUUCCGCUUCUGCGGCCAACGCCCCAGCCGGAUCUCAGCAGGAGGAAAUCAAACUUAGAGAGGACAGCAAACGAGGGGUGUAUGCAACACCGCUUAAGGAAGAGAUCGUCCAGAGCCCAACCCAACUCCUCCGUGUUAUUGCCCGAGGUGAUCAUGCACGACGUACGAGCAGCACACAGUUCAACGCGCGCAGCUCUCGAAGUCACGCGGUGGUUCAGAUUGUGGUUGAGAGUCGAGAGCGAGUGCCCUCAGGCAACUCUCAAGACAAGCGCUCUGGAAUUGCCCCGGGUGGUGUGCGAGUAUCAACGCUGAGUUUGAUUGAUCUGGCUGGCUCUGAGCGCGCAGCUGAUGAUAAGGAACGGCGGACAGAAGGCGCUCAUAUCAACAAAAGUCUUCUCACUUUGGGCACCAUCAUCUCUCGCCUCUCGGAAAACAAAGAUAAACAAGGCAACCCCACAGAUCGCGAUGGGAGGCAUCUGCCUUAUCGAGAUAGCAAGUUGACCAGACUCCUACAGCCAGCCCUGUCCGGUGGCUCGCUCGUAAGUAUUCUGUGCACCAUCCAACUUACCAGUGCAGUCAAUUCCCACACUGGCGAGACUUUGAACACCAUGAAAUUUGCGGCAAGGGCGAAGAAUAAUAUCGUCAGUCAUGCCAAAAAGGCCGAGGAAGCUUACGGCGGGGGUGGUGGUGAUUCAGGCAGUCGGGUUUUGCUUGAACGAUACCGCAUGGAAAUCCAGGCUCUCCGCAGUCAGCUCGACUCUCAGGCCAAAUCUCAGGCAGAGAAGGAACUCAAAUGGGAUGAACAGCAAUAUGAGAAGGAAGCACAAGCCCGACAUGAGGAACAGGUGUUGGAGAUGCAAUUAGCUCGCACUGCACUCAAAGAGCGGAUCGAGCAUCUAAAUCGCCUGAUUUUAAGUUCUAAGUCCACCGGUGUGAACAGCCAUAACAGCUUCUCUGCUUUCGGACGUGUUUCCCGCAUGUCAGCAACGGAUUCUGGUGCUCGAUCUCUACGUUCUUCCGCCAGUCAAUCUACACUGGGCGGUGGUCAUUCUUCAAUGCGGCCCAUCUCGUUCAUGUCUAUCAAUAGCAACGAUGCCUCAUCUGCUAUGCCAUAUCCGGGAGGAUCGUUCAGCAACGACUAUGAAGAUGAUCUUGGCGAAUUCGGUGAUGGCAAAGCUAGCUUGCAACGGCAGAUCACUGCAUUGCAAGCUGAUCUCGGGGAUAAGAAUCGGUACAUCUCUACCCUGGAGCGCCGGUUGCUCCAAGCACGACGGUCCAGUCAUUCUCGGAUGUCAGUGGGUGUUAAGCCUGCAAAUGCCACAAUUGCCGAGUAUCCAGAUGCCUCGGCUUUGGUACGCGAGAAGGAUAUGGAGAUCAAUGAGCUCCGGUUGCAGCUUGAUGAUAAAGAUCGGAUGCUUGCCGCGCUUCGGUCUGCGGCCCGGCAUCGGGAUCUAGCUGCUGUGACCAACGAUUCCCAGUCGCCGGAACUGAAGAGCAAGAGUGGGUCUGCAGCCGAUGAUGCAGAUGGUCUGGUCGGUAUCAAUGGCUUCAUUCCACAGCCUGAGAGUCCAAGCAAGCGUCCCUUGUCUGGCAAGAGUGACAAAGAGGACGCGGGAAAAAAUAUGGACGAGGUCUCACGGAUGCUGGAAGAAAUGAUCCAGGGCCGAGCAGAGGGUGGGCAUAUGGCCAAGGGCAAGGUCUUUGCUAGUGAAAGUCGACGAGCAUCCUCAUCCGCGGAGAUGCCUGCUCCUUCGUGGGAUCCAAAUCUCAGCUCGCCCUUCCGAGGAUGA